GCGGUGGCUGUCCCCGCGCGUGCGCGCCGUAUCACGGUCGCGCGGAGCGGCCGUGCGAGCGGAGUCCGCGAGGGGCUAGGCAGACUGGAGGAAGCGGGGGUCGCGGCGCGGCGGGAGCCGCAGGAGGACGAGGAGGACGAGGAGGAGGCGCUGCCGCACUCCGAGGCGGUGGACGUGUUCCAGGAGGGUCUGGCCAUGGUGGUACAGGACCCGCUGCUCUGCGACCUUCCGAUCCAGGUUACUUUGGAAGAGGUCAAUUCCCAAAUAGCACUAGAAUACGGCCAAGCAAUGACAGUCCGAGUGUGCAAGAUGGAUGGAGAAGUUAUGCCUGUGGUUGUAGUCCAGAACGCCACGGUCCUGGACCUGAAGAAGGCCAUCCAGAGAUACGUGCAGCUCAGGCAGGAGCGCGAAGGAGGCAUUCAGCACAUCAGCUGGUCCUAUGUGUGGAGGACGUACCACCUGAUCUCUGCAGGAGAGAAGCUCGCAGAGGACCAGAAGAAGCUCCGAGAUUACGGUAUCCGGAACCGGGAUGAGGUGUCCUUCAUCAAAAAGCUGAGACAAAAGUGAAUCUCCAGACAUGGAAAACCCUCUGCUGGUGGCUGAGCUCUUCCCCGAGAGGAGGAAGCCUUGGCCACUGUGCCCUUUUCCCAGAAGAGUGUUGCGAUAGCCUCACCCCAGCUGGACCCACCUGGACUCUCAACAUGAACCCUGAUCACAUGGCGGAUCCCACAGGGCUGUGGGCCUGGUCCUGUAUACAGAAUAAACCUAUUUGCUUCUGA